UAUGUACAAUAAUGAACUUUGUUAUAUUUAAUACGUUGGUAUUAAUUGCCUUGCUGGGUUCAUGUUCUCCUAAGCCAAGUGGAACUGUUGAAGAGACUGCAAAUGGACCCGUAAAGACGCUAAAUUACCGAAGUUCCGUUGGGGAGAUUGUUAAAGAUCUCAUAAGUAACUGGAACUCGCCCAUUUGGUACUUGAGAAAUCGUGGAUAUUUCACGGCGCCUCAGAUCGAUUUUGGUCUGUUCAAGAAAGAUGUGGGUAAGGCAGAAACCAAGGAAUCAAAUAAUUCUGAAAAAUUAAAACGAAUGGCGGGAUCUAAUGAAUAUGAAAGUACCAAUGACCUGAGCCACUUGUUCCGCUCUCUGUUCUCCUCAAACGACAAUAGCAUUUCCGAUAAAAUCAAAUCAAAACUGGGAGUGGCUUGGGACAUGGAUAAACUAAAGUCGUCGGUUCGCAAUGAGGCACACAAGUUUUUUGAAAAGUUCUACAACAAACGCAAUCAGGAAGUACCAAAGGGUCAUCAGCUAGAGGGCAAUACGGAUAUAGAUAAACAAGUGGCACAACUUUAUCCAUCGGUUAUUCCCAACCCCAGUAAUGACCAUACAGAGAAGGAGGAAAAGAAGGAAUCAUUUGAACCUAUGACUGCGCCAAAGGAAACUAAAUUUCUUAAUGGCAUUGCCAAGCUACUAACCAACAAGGAGCUAAUGGGUAAAGUUAAGCCUUUAAUUAAUCCAGUGCAAGGCCAAGAGUCAAAACAAUCGUUAAUUGAAGCUAAAGAGAAUUCAAAAACACAAUAAUUGUUUUUCAUGCAUUUUGAGAGUUAUUUAUAGUUGCUUACAUUUUGUUUGAUAAUGUGAAUCAAUUGACGAGCCCUUCAAUAACA